AUGGCCCCCCAACUUCAUCAAAGACCUCCUUUCCGCGCCGAGCACUUGGGCUCGCUGCUUCGUCCCCAGCAGCUUCUGGACUGCAAGUCUGCCCAGGAGAAGGGCGAGGUUUCCGAUGCUAAGCUCGCCGAGGUCGAGGCCCAGGAAAUCAAGAACAUUGUCAGCGUCCAGAAGGAGCUCGGCUACCCUGCCGCGUCCGAUGGCGAGUACUGCCGCCACAUGUUCUGGGGUACCUUCUUCCCCGGUCUGGAUGGCUUCGAGGAGGUCACCGAAUUCGAACAGGACAUCUUCCGCCCCUACGCCCCCGAUAUUGCUGCUUUCCUCGAGGCUGGUCACAAGCCCGGUGAGACUGUUCUUUGCACUGGCAAGAUCAAGCACGUCGGUAGUACCUAUGUCGACCAAUUCAAGUACCUCGCCAGCCUGGUGCCCGCCGAGGAGGUCAAGAACUUGAAGAUUACUCUUGCCGCACCCAACUGGUACCACCUGCGUUACCGUGAGGGCAAGGCCUACCCCAAGGAUGUGUACAGCUCCGAUGAGGAGUACUUCGGCGACAUCGCCAAGGCCUACCAGGCUGAGCUGAAGAUCCUGUACGACGCUGGCUGCCGCAACGUGCAGUACGACGACCCCAACCUGGCCUACUUCUGCUCCGAGAAGUUCCUGAACGGAUUCAAGGAGGACUCUGCCAACGUGUACAGCGCAGAUGACAUGUUCCAGAAGUACAUCAAGCUGUACAACGACAGCUUCAUCGGCCUUCCCGAGGAUAUGCACAUCGGAGUCCACCUGUGCCGUGGAAACUUUGUCGGUAGUCGCCACUUCUCCGAGGGCGGAUACGACCGCAUCGCCAUCAAGCUCUUCCAGGAGCUGAACGUGCACACCUACUACCUCGAAUACGACACCGAGCGUGCCGGUGGCUUCGAGCCCCUCAAGCACCUCCCCACUCACAAGAACGUCAUCCUGGGUGUUGUCACCUCUAAGUUCGCCACCAUGGAGGACAAGGAGGAAAUGAAGAAGCGCGUUAUCAACGCUGCCAAGAUCAUUGCUGACGGUAACAACAUCACUCUCGAGGCUGCGCUUAACCAGGUUGGUGUCAGCCCUCAGUGUGGAUUCGCUUCCCACCGUGAGGGUAACGCUAUUGAUUGGGAUGGCAUGAUCAACAAGCUCAAGUUGGUUCGUGAGAUUGCCAACGACGUCUGGCCCGGCCAGCUUUAA